AUGAAAUGUACAUGGAUCUCUGCUCCGCUGGAAAUCAUCAGUAAAGACAAAUUCCAAGGAUGGUGUAUCCCAAUCCAGAACAAAAGUGAGAUACCUCUGCUGAUUGCCAAAUUGCACGAGGAAAAUCCGAGUAUUCGCAAAGCUACCCAUCCUGCAAUGUAUGCCUGGAAAACAGCUACUACUGCCCCCAAACCGCCACAUAUCCUCGAUUUGGACCAGGGAAAACACGACGGAGGCGAGAGAGGAUCAGGAGAACGACUGAUCUCGCCAUUAGCAAAUCGGCUACACAGGCAAUCAUCCACGCAGGAUGGCCAGAUAAAAAAGCUAAGCUGUUCAAGGACGUCAAAACGCAUCUUAUUAUCUAAACUACCAUCAGCCCAAUUAUUUGAACACCUUACCGUCGACAAUUUCUUGGCCGUUGUAAGGCUUGUCCCAAGCCCACAUGUUCUCAAUGAACUCCUUGUCCUCUGGCUUGGAUGGGUCCAAUUUGGUGAAAGAGUAAGAUUCCCAAUCUGGAGCAACAUCGAAAGCUGGAACAGCAUCCUGGCCUCUGACAAGGAAAGCACCAACAAUACCGUUGUUGUUGUUCUCUCCGUAAACAACGGCAGAACCAAACAGGUAUUUGGUGGAAGCGGACAAUCUGUUGAAGAAACCUCCAACCAAGUUGUUAGACAUGAAAGUCAAGGUCAACUCAUCAUUGUACUUGUAAGCGACUCUCCACAAAGACCAUUCCUCAGGGUUCCAGAACUCGUUCCAGAAGUAUGGCAAAGCACCAGUUCUGGUGUCCUCGUUGGAGUAUUUUCUCUUCCACUCGUCAAGUGCCUCAAGUGGCUGGGCAGUCAACUUGACGUCCUUGAAGAACCAGUUCAAGUACUCAGUGGCGGUAACAGUCUUCCACCAUCUGGUAACGUAUGGGUGUUUGGAUCUCCAUUCGUCACCGUAAAAAAUAGUGAAUGGUCUGUAGAACAUGGCAGCAAAGAAGAUGUCGGCAAUGGUAAGUCUCUCACCAACCAAGAAGGUGUAGUGCUCGAGUCUGGCAUCCAAAGUGGAAACAAUCUUCUCCAAAGCUCCAAGAGCAUCGUCAACGACUUUCUUGUUGUAUGGAGCCUUUCCGAGGAAUGGCUUGAAAGCAGUUGUGGCUUGCACCAUGAAUUCGGAAGAUCCAAGGGAGACCCAUUUCAAAACCUGAGCACGGUCUUCAAGAGUCUUACCGAGCAAUGGGUGGUUCUCAUCCUUCAAAGAGAUAACUAA